AUGUCUCGCUUGAAACUAUCAAAGAAACUCAAACCAGCCAAAAAAGCAUGGAAAAACCUCUCAAACAAUUUCCAAUCAAAACUCCACAAACUCAACAUUCAAAAAGCUUUCAAAACCACCCUUCAACACCUUCUUUCACUCUUCCAUUCCAUCACUCAUCUCAUAACCUCGAAAACCACUCAUCGUCGCUCUCUCGUUUCUUCUAAAUCAUUAUAUUCCCCCUCAACUUCUUAUUACCAUUUUCAACACAAGAACUUCGCACCUAUCCCUAUCUACAACAAACCGAGCAGUAGUAGUAGUAGUAUUCGUCAUGCGCAAGAAAACACAAGUAGAGAGAUCGAAAAGGUGCAUGGUGAUGAUAUCAACAACAGCAUGAACAAUGAGAUGGAUACUAUAGAAGAUGCAUGGAAAGCUGUGGUUGCUAAGUCUCCAAUGAUGCAGGUGGAUCAAAAAGCUGAAGAAUUUAUCUAUAAAUUUCGUGAAGAUAUGAGGCUUCAAAAAGAGAAAUCUUUGCUUGAAUUUCAUGAGAGGCUAGCAAGAAGUACAUAA